CCACAACAUCCUUCCACCCUCAUGCCGAGACUUGAAUUGCUGUUCCAACGUCGAUCGAUACUAUUGUCGGUCUGUCUUGCAUGCAUUCUGCUGAGUUUGCUCGCCCUACUGCCAUACGGCGGAGAAGAAACCAGCCACCACCCAUAUAUCCGCGCUCGCCUUGGGCGACAUGCCUUGAGUCAUGGCGACCCAAGAAUCGGUUCUGAAAAAUCUGGACUCGAUGCGAAGCAGUCGCCAAUUGAGGCCCGCGUGCUGCAUAACAAGAACGGUGUGGUUCAAAGUUUCAACGCUCCCAACAUCACAACGGACGUAACCUCCGCUUCGACCUGGUCGUCGUCCCCGUUCGCGUGUGAUGACUACUUUGCUCGCAACAACGUGCUGCUCGUACUGCACUUCAACCAAGCUUUGCCGCAGCACUACGACCAUGACAAGUACUUUCGAGGUGCGUUCCGAGAUGUCGUCCUAUCCAUUCCGGAGGCCUCCAGCGACCCCCAAUCCAACCAGUUCGUGUGCCCCGAUGGCUACGCGGGAAGAUAUACAUACUACUGUCUCUCAAGCAUCAUGCUGCGCCAUCCGGGAUAUCGUGGCUACCUUUUCGUCCAUUUCGACGUCUUCCUCAAGUUCUGGCAAUUACGCGACAUGCCAUUGGACACCAUUUGGACAAGCCAGUUAUAUCAACACCACAACAACUCAGACUGGGUCCACUGGGGUCGGCCAUGGGGCAUGAAGGCUCUCAACAAGAUGUACGAACGAGCUUCGGGCGAUUGCAGUUCGCGCGCCCACCGAUCCGAAACAUGUCAGCUCAUCGACGUGUGGACGAACAAAGGCGGGUUGGCCAACUUCCGGUUUGGCGGUUUUUCGGAUGUGGCAUACAUUCCCUCGGAGCACGUUCGCAACUUUGUCUGGUUCUCAUCGUACGCCCACUUGGCCAGGCUUUUUGCGGAGAUUACCUUUCCGUUAUUUGCGAGCCUGUCGCAAGAGUCAUUCAAACUGCUCCAUCCUGAGCUACCGGACGGUGCAGCUACCACCCAUAGCGUGCUAAAAGGCGCCAACAACUUGACUCCCAAUGUUGCAGAGUUGGCGACUUGGUUUUACGCGGUUUGCACUUCCGACAGCGUGCACUUUUGCCAUCGCACGGACUUUCGGGUUCCCUCGUUAGCUGCCUUCUACGAUUCAGCCAUGAGUGCAUGCAGCGCGUCUCGCUUCCCAUCGACCUUGGAUCUGGACGUCGAUUACAUGUCGGACUUGAGAGCCCAGCAAUCCUCCGGCAUUCGUUUGGCUGCAUACGGGCUGCUCCUGGUGUGUUCGUUGAUCCUGGGCGCGGGGCUUGUGCGAUUUGUGGCCCGCACCAUUGCAGCAGCUCAGAAGGAUCGCAACACGAAACCAAGCGCCGCUUCAUCCGGGCAUUGCAGUGCCAUUUGAAACGUUCAGGUCUCAAACUCCUGCUUUCGUUAGCUUGCUACUCGUGUUCCGCAUCAGUUCUCUGUCUUGGUAGAGCCAAGAGAUUUGUUAUUUAGUUAUUUUAUUGAACCGCGUUGCCUUUGUUUUUUCAUGUAAAACCCCUUGAUAUCGAAACGACUCUUCUGAAAACGC